AUGCGACGCACAGGGCUCAUGGGGGUGUUAGUCCCCCUGGUCAGCCUGCUGGAGCUGGCUGUGACUCUGAGAAUCGCAGCCUUCAACAUCCGGACUUUCGGGGAAACUAAGAUGUCCAAUGCCACCAUCUCUAGCUAUAUUGUGAAAAUCCUGAGUCGCUAUGACAUCGCCGUUGUCCAAGAGGUCAGAGACACCCACCUAGUGGCUAUUGGGAAGCUACUGGAUGAACUCAAUCGGGACAAACCUGACACCUAUCACUAUGUGGCCAGUGAGCCUCUGGGUCGUAACAGCUACAAGGAACAGUACCUUUUCUUAUACAGGCCUGACCAGGCGUCUGUUCUGGACAGCUAUUACUAUGAUGAUGGCUGUGAGCCCUGUGGAAAUGACACCUUCAGCCGAGAGCCGGCCAUUGUUAAGUUCUUUUCCCCUUUCACUGAGGUCAGAGAGUUUGCGAUAGUGCCCUUGCACGCAGCCCCAACAGAUGCUGUGACUGAGAUUGAUGCCCUCUAUGAUGUUUACCUGGAUGUCCUAAAAAAAUGGGACCUGGAGGACGUCAUACUGAUGGGGGAUUUUAAUGCUGGCUGCAGCUACGUCAGCUCCUCCCAAUGGUCUUCCAUCCGCCUCAGGACAAGCCCAGCCUUCCAGUGGCUGAUUCCCGACAGUGCUGACACCACUGUCACAUCCACACACUGUGCCUAUGACAGGAUCGUGGUUGCUGGAGCUCUGCUCCAGAGUGCCAUUGUUCCCAACUCAGUUGGUCCCUUUGACUUCCAAGCAGCAUUUGGACUCAGCAAGCAGCUGGCUGAAGCCAUCAGUGACCACUACCCAGUGGAGAUGACCCUCAAGUGAACCUGAUGUUAUCAAGCAGCACUGCCGUAUGCUUCUGGUGAGGAAGACUCCGACUGUCCAACCAGACAUGGAUGGUACUGCGGCGUUCUACUGGCCAGGACAGACAGAAUGUCCACCAUUCGGACUAAGAAAUACUGUUUAAUUGAGGUAAAUAAA